GAAAAAUUGAAAAGAGAUCUUUAGAAAAAAAGAGAAAUAUUCAUAUUUAGUGACAAAUAGAAAAUCACCAAGAAGUUGCCGACCUUGCCGCGCAUGCUCUUUGGUUUCUUUCCGAUUUGACUCCGUUGCUGUUGUCGGGGUGAAAAACAGCAUUCAAAAUGAAAUUCAACAAAAUGGUGACUUCCUCCAGGAGGAAAAACAGGAAGAGGCAUUUCACCGCCCCAUCCCACAUAAGAAGGACUCUUAUGUCCGCACCUCUGUCUAAGGAACUUAGGCAAAAAUACAAUGUUCGCACUAUGCCAAUUCGUAAAGAUGACGAAGUACAGGUUGUACGUGGACACUACAAAGGACAACAAGUAGGCAAAGUUGUACAAGUGUACAGGAAGAAGUUCGUCAUUUACAUUGAAAGAAUUCAAAGGGAAAAAGCCAAUGGUGCCAGUGUUUAUGUAGGCAUCCACCCCUCAAAGGUAGUCAUUGUUAAGUUGAAAAUGGACAGGGACAGGAAGAAGAUCAUUGACCGCAGGGCUGCCGGACGUCUGGCUGCUUUGGGCAAGGACAAGGGCAAGUACACAGAAGAAUCAGCUGCUGCUGCUGUUGAGACCUCUUAAAUGUACAACUCUUUUGUAUUUAAUAAGAUAAUAAAAAAAUAUUACAAA